AUGGGACGUUUACGCCGAUCAAGAACUCACCACGCCCGCCGCGACGUUCAGCGCGGCGCUCGUACUCGUGCCCGCACGAAGGAUCUCGACCAGAUCGAGCGCGACCUCGAGCACAACCUGAAGAAGCUCAAGCACCAGCCUAUCGAUGAGGACAAGCCCGGACUGGGUCAACACUACUGCGUCGAGUGUGCCAAGUAUUACGAGUCUGACGCCGCGCUCACCACGCACACCAAGUCAAAGGUGCACAAGCGCCGGCUGAAGGAGCUCCGCGAGGGCGCGUACACGGUUGAGGAGAGCGAGCGCGCUGCCGGCCUCGGAACGGACAACACGCAGCGCGGCUUCGAGGACGUCAUCCGCCGAUUCGGAGACGCCUCGGUUGCUCAGCCUCAGCAGCAGCAGGCCGCUGAGCCGGGGAAGAUGCCUCAGAACAAUGUCGUGCACCACGCGCCUGCCUGA